UUAGCUUCGUUGUAGAGUUGAAGAGGAGGUUGUGGGACGCAGCCCUGACUUACUACUGUGCCGUUGUUCGUCGGUGUACAACGCUGCAGGAGGCGCUGCUGGAGACCCACAAUAUCUGCUGCCACUUCUGCGGCACCAGCAUGAAGUCUUUAGUUUUAGCUGCUUUUGUCUCUUGUCUUUUUCUGCUGACGCAGGAAAAAGUACAUGGAGAGAAAAAUCUAUUAAGUGGUCAAGAAAAAGCAGAUGUAAGUCUACGCAAGAGGAGAGACGCAAACCCUGACAAUAAUAGUCAAGAAGGUAGCAGCGAAGGCAGAGGACAAGGCGUUGGAGAAUUUCAUCAGAGCAUCAGUGAUGCUGAUGACGGUCACAGUAAUGUUGUGGAAGGAGGUCGCCAAGUGAGCAACUAUGAAAAGCGUCGUCGUACCAAUAAUAACGAAGAUCCUGGUCGUGUCAGGAGAGAAGAAAAGCUUCGUCGUUCCAAGAAUAACGAAGAUCCUCGUCGUGUCAAGAGAAAAGAAAAACUUCGUCGUUCCAAGAAUAACGAAGAUCCUCGUCAUGUCAAGAGAAAAGAAAAGCUUCGUCGUACCAAGAGUAACAAAGGCCAUGGUCGUGUCCGGAACGGAAAAAAACAUGGAGCCGACUUAAAGAGGAGAGACAUGCAUGCCACAAAUGACGAAACGAACAGGAAAGAUUCCCUCACUAAGAAUGGCGAGGAGAAACUUCCAGGUAGCAAAAGAAACCUUUCCCAAGAGAGCAAGAAACUGAAACAUCACGUCAAGAAUGGGGAAAAGCAUCACCUCGGUAAGAAAGUGAAUAAACGACGUAGACAAAAGAAUGGAGAAGGACGCAUUGCGAUGAGCGGAGAGGGACGCCAGAACACAAAGAAACAUAAACUUCAAAAUGAUAAACAUCGGGGAAAAAAGAAGACGGACAACAGCGUUAAGAAAAUGGGAAUUGGUCGAACUGCUGAGAAGCUCAAUAAGGUAAAGAAAAUCACUGCUGAGAGGAGGAAUAGUGCCAGGAACAAACAGGUUAAGAAAUCACGAAAACAGAUGAAAAAAUCGCAGAAGAAGCGGAAGAAAAGCAAGCAGCAACAUGCAAAAAUAACUAAAUCAGAGAAAGCAAAAUCAGGAAACCUUAAGAACAAGGGAAAAUCAACGAAAGCUAGAAGGAAUCAAAAGAAAGACAGCAGAAAAAAAAAAGACGCAAAAAGCGCAAUAAAAGAGAAAAAAUCGGAAGAAAGAUCCCCAAGAACUUAA